UGUAUUGACACGUCCUGCUAGAUGAAGAGAUUACAUUUCCCCUAUAAUGCACCAUUGCAUAUCACACGGAACAGGGGUUAAAAAAAAGCAGAUGGGGAAGUCCACUAUAAACUUAAGCCGGAUUAUGCACAUGCUUAAUCCAGAGGUUGUUUAUUUCACCACUUUUCUAUUUUACCAUCUUUCCUGCUUUUCCGUAGAAAACGUCAAGUAGCUACGUAGCUCCGCCCUCGAUUACUGCAGUUCCCCUGAAACGCUGUAUAGACAUACACCUUUGCAUGGGACAUUCUGCAACAUAAAGUGACCGGAAACCCCUUUUUUUCAUCGCGAACGCCGAGCUCGUAUUUGGAUUUUAGUAGGGUUUAUGAAUGAUCUUCAGUAUGGAUUUAUAAUCAGAUCCUGACUGCAGGACAACUCGUCUGGACGCCGCUUCCACAUUAGCGCUACUAUGUACCGGACGUUUUUACUAUCAAAUGCCCGGUGCUGGGAUGCCGACAGUAAGAGGUCAUACCAGGACCUGUUCGAGAGGCUUGAUACCAAUAAAGAUGGGAAGGUGGAUGUCGCUGAACUACGAGCGGGUCUCAAAGCAAUGGGCAUAUUCCGCCAGGGUGCCGCACAGAAAAUUGUGUUUUCUGGUGACCAAAACAAAGACGGGAGUCUCGACUUCAACGAGUUCUCCAAAUAUCUGAAAGAGCACGAGAAGAAGUUGCGGCUGACGUUUAAAAGUCUGGACAGAAACAACGAUGGGCACAUUGAUGCCUCAGAGAUCCAGCAGUCCCUUGCAGAGCUGGGCAUGGAUGUCACCAGAGAGAAUGCCCUGAAAAUACUACACAGCAUGGACCAUGAUGGGACCAUGAUGGUGGACUGGAACGAGUGGAGAGAACACUUCCUUUUACACCCAGCCCAGAACCUGGAAGAGAUCUUACGCUACUGGAAACACUCCACGGUGCUGGACAUAGGUGAUAGUCUUGCCAUCCCAGAUGAAUUCACAGAGGAGGAGAAGAGCUCAGGUGGCUGGUGGAAGCAGCUUAGUGCAGGUGCAGUGGCGGGGGCCGUCUCUCGCACUGGCACUGCCCCCCUGGACAGAAUGAAAGUCUUCAUGCAGGUUCAUUCUUCUAAGACCAACCCGAUAAGCCUGAUUGGCGGCUUCAAGCAGAUGAUCUUAGAGGGAGGUUUAACUUCGCUGUGGAGGGGAAACGGCAUCAAUGUUUUAAAGAUUGCACCUGAGACAGCAAUCAAAUUCAUGUCAUAUGAACAAUAUAAAAGGUUGUUGUCAUCAGAGGGCAAGAAGAUUGAGACACACAAGAGAUUUAUGGCUGGCUCUCUGGCUGGGGCCACAGCACAGACAGCCAUCUACCCAAUGGAGGUAUUGAAAACUAGACUGACCCUGAGGAAAACUGGCCAGUAUUCAGGGAUGUUUGACUGUGCCAAAAAGAUCCUGAGGAAGGAGGGUGUGAUGGCUUUCUACAAGGGCUACAUUCCAAACUUAGUGGGCAUCAUUCCCUAUGCUGGGAUAGACCUCGCUGUUUAUGAGAGUCUGAAGAACGCCUGGUUUUCGUACCACGCCAAAGACUCAGCUAACCCUGGAGUUCUGGUGCUGGUGGGCUGCGGGACCAUCUCUAGUACCUGCGGCCAGCUGGCCAGCUAUCCACUCGCACUUGUACGCACACGGAUGCAGGCACAAGCGUCUCUGGAUUCUUCGGACCAGCCCUCCAUGAGUAGUCUGAUGAAGAAGAUCGUAGCCAAAGAUGGCUUUUUCGGACUCUACCGGGGCAUCCUGCCAAACUUCAUGAAAGUCAUUCCCGCUGUCAGUAUUAGCUAUGUGGUUUAUGAAUACAUGAAGACUGGCUUAGGAAUCUCCAAAUGAUGCUGCAAGCAAAUGAAAGAAGAACAUUUACUGUGUUUGUCAGACUUGAAAAUGCCUGAAAUAACUCCAAGAAAACAGACGGACAUCAGACAUACAGAGCAUGACUUCCACCAGCUGGCACAGGAGUUCAGUGGAUGGAAGAGUUUAUGUGUCCCACUAAGGGUUGUCUGUCAGUAGCUAAAGCAUUUAUCAUUUGUGGUGAGCAUGCUUUAAUUUUUAUCCUACUGUUACACUUAACACACUCCCAAAAUUGAUAAACUGUCAAAAACUAUAUUUGACACAAAGAUAGUACUGUAUAUAAAAAUGAGGAGUUGUUUAAUUAAUCCUGCUGUUAGUCUUUUAAAACUGUGAUCAAACCAAAAUGGUAGCUCAGUGGGGCAUGCUGGUGUGCUUUUUGGUAACAAAAGAAAUAUUUUCUCUAAAGAAAGGUGGAGCUCAUCCAAACAGGAUACACAGCAGAGUUAAUGGUCUUAUUUGAAUGAGCAGAAUGACACUAUGCCAGUUGAAUUGUUUAAAUCCACACCCUUUAGAGGUCAUUUAAAACUUUUCUAAGUUGUAAACACCUACCCUAGAGCUGUCAACUAAAAAUAACAGGCCCUGAAAAAUCACUAACUUAACACUGGAAUACUGUGUGCACAAAGACACAUGCAUCUUGUGCAAUGUGAAAAUCACUAAUUCCCCAUUCUGUGUUAUUUGAUAAUCAUUUACAUGUGCCUUACAGCUACUCGAUGUGAACUUUCUGACAUCAACAGAUAUGUUUUUUACUAUAUAUAUACUGUAUCUAUGUACUGUAUAUAUAUAUAUAUAUAUAUAUAUAUAUAUAUAUAUAUAUAUAUAUAUAUAUAUAUAUAUAUAUAUAUAUAUAUAUAUUAUGGUUAUUUAUGGGUUUUAAUGAUGGUUACUACUAUGUAACAUGGUAACAUUUGUAAGAAAACAGUAAUAACUGGUCAUUGGACUGACAUGUUUUUUUGUCUUGUGCCACUUCACAUUUCAACAAAGAUCUCCACCUACAAAUACAGAAAUACACACCCACAACAGGAUACUGUUACAUUUAACAUUUUGUUACUUGUUCUUCCAUAUAGCCCAGUGGUGGGAAAUCUUCAUCUACCAUGUAAGAUGACAAUCUGCCUUCUGUCUUUAUUAUAAAUUACAUUAAUGUGGAUUUUAAGAAACUAAAACUGGUCUUAAUUUGAUGGUCAUUAACCUGAACAUAACUCCAUAUAGAAGCUAACAUGGUCUUUACUGGAAGGCUCACUCCAGAACAAAGGUUUGGUGGCGUUAAGUUCAGCUCUUCAGAGUGGGGAUCACUGAGAUGUGUUAACAGCUCCACCUCGUGGUUAAUAAAGACAGCACAUGGGACACGUUUCCAUGUAAAACUGGAA